AUGGUGAUGACAUCAUCCGGAUUAAGUUUGUUCUCGGCGGAAGCAUCGGCUGUUCUCGGUGGCACUGAUGAAGGAAUUACCAGUGCCCACGUGUGGACAAGAUUUUUUAAGGUGUAGUCUCACUGGUCUUAGGUAAUCUAAGUCAGAAACACACUAAAAACGAAACAUUCGUAUCACGAGUACGCAGUUGUAAAGGUCAUCAUUGGCAAAGUGACCCGGUUUAAGAUUUUUGUUAUGCCAAUUAUUGCAUAGACGUUGUUGGCCUUCAAACGAUUGUGAAGGCAACCUCAACCUUUCAUUCCUUUUCGUAAACACCGUAUCAGCACCGCUGCAACACAAGUUUCAAAAAAGAACAACGCUAAUCCCUGGUUUCUCCGAAAGUAGGCCCUCGAUUGAUGUCAGAGUCAAAUUCGUUGUUUACGGUUAGAUUCCUCUCAAUGUAGACCCAACAGUUUAUACUCUUAAACUACAAUAUACGUUGAUGACGUCCGUGCGCCGUGCAGAAUACCCGAAUUCCGCAAAGGUCCGCUUCAACGGGUCGUAGGGACUCCAUUGAUCGACCCGAAAAGACUCCAUCAAAUAUUGAAAUCGAUGUUAAUCCGGAGGGUGGAACCCGCGAACAAAAUGGAGGCCCGAGUCAAUUCAGGAAGUAUAAAAAGAUGAUACAGUUGGAGAUAUCCUCAUCACUUCGUCCUCGUCGACAAAGUUCCCCAAACAUUUGUUGUCGUCAAACGGUAAAGCCGUUUGCCACUCAAAACUAUGAACAAACUUCUCUUGGCUCUCUUGGUGCUUCUUGCAGCAAUUGCGGGUAAGUCUCUACCUUUCAGAAAAAAUUGAACCUUUGAGAUCUUCUUAACCAAAAAUUUCAGUGCACUCCUUCAAAUCUGGCAGCGAUUUCGGUUCUGACCAAAAGCACUUGGAAAAGCAUUACAAACGUCUUCUCAAACAUCAUCACCAUCAUCAUCACGAUGAUUCCAGCAGCUCUUCAUCGUCUUCUGAUUCCUCUUCCGACUCCAGUUCUAGCUCGGAUUCAUCUUCCAGCUCAGACUCGAGCUCCUCCUCCGACUCUAGUUCUAGCUCAGACUCUAGCUCUUCCUCUGACUCCAGCUCCAGUUCUGACUCUAGCUCUUCCUCCGACUCGGGUUCCGAUCACAGCUCUAGCUCUGAAUCUGGAGGUGAUUCCGACUCCGGUUCAGGAUCCGAUUCUGGUUCUGGCUCUGACUCGGGCUCUGGUUCCGGCUCUGACUCGGACUCUGGCUCUGGCUCCGACUCAGGCUCUGGCUCUGGCUCUGGCUCUGGCUCUGGCUCUGGCUCUGGCUCUGGCUCUGGCUCUGGCUCUGGCUCUGGCUCGGGCUCGGGCUCUGGCUCUGGCUCUGGCUCUGGCUCUGGCUCUGGCUCUGGCUCUGGCUCUGGCUCUGGCUCUGGCUCUGGCUCUGGCUCUGGAUCGGGCUCUGGUUCUGCCUCUGGCUCUGGAUCAAACAGCGGUGGCGGAAGUGGAAGUGGUGACUAUUGCCUGCUCCUACAGUACUUCUACAACAUCUCCGUUGAAUUCGAAGUAAGUUGAGUAAAGAAUUAGUAAUUUAGCAUGGGUUUGACUAAUCAUCCACCAACUUUCAGGGCCAAGAGGUCUACGAGCUGUGGCUGGAAUGGAUCGAUGAGGUUAAUGUGACCAUUAGCUACAACACUGAGCUCACCAUAAAGGAGAAACUCAUCGAGAUCUGGGCCAGCCUCCAGGCCUUCCUCUCAGUUCACACUGAAAUCCAAGAGACAAUUUACUUUAUCUACAUCGAAGAAUGGGGAGGAUAUGUCAGAAAUAUUGAGGCUGUCACGGUCGCCUUCAGAAUUUCAAAGAGCGAGAAAUUGGUUGAGCUUGAUGAAAGUGGAGACUGUGAACUCUUUGAAUACCUGAGAAACGGAACAUCAGCCGAAUGGGAAACUCAGGUUGAAACCUUGAUCUCCGAGAUUACCGUCAUCCUCGAAGGAGAUUACUCUUACGCUUAUAAGCUCGUCCUGAUCUACGAAAAGAUCCAAGCCUUCUUCCAAGCCAAUUCCGGUGCCGAGGAACAACUAUUGCAGAUUGAAUUUGGAACAUACGGCACCUUCUACUCAUUCUACGAGCUCACUGCGUACUACUGGAGAGUCUACAACUUUGACCUUGCUGUUGGAGGAUCCAGCUCCCAGUUGAUUCAAGUCCUCACAGCUUCUUAUCAAAACACAUCAACAGGCUCGGUUUCCGUGCGAUCCCAAAUCAAACAACUGACCGAAAAGAUUUCCGCUUACUAUGAGACCACUACUGAUGUCACUCUUCGCGUCCAAUACUUCUACGCGCAGCUGUAUCAGUUCUACAUUCUCAACGAGUGGACCGUCAAUAUUAUCUACAGUCUGGAGAUCCAAGGGUAUGGAGAUUUGUAUCAGCUUAUCUAUGCUUAUGUCCUGGUAAGUUUCCUAGCAACAUCUUAGCUAUAAUCAGAAGAUUGAUUUUCUAUAUUAAAAUAUAUUCAGGAUUUGGAGAUUGGCUUCGACUUCACACUCCCAACUACAACUGAAGAGACCACGAUCCCAACUACAACCGCCACUAAGAAACCCGUCGCUCAAUGUUCUGAAGUCACUCAGAUCAACGAAUUUUCGUCCAACACUACCGACUUACUGACCUCGAUUGUCACAGCUCAGGCUUCUUGGAAUUCUUCUGAGAUCAGUAACUUCUUGGCCUAUAAGAAACGAAUCUACGUCGUAUCUUCCAACACCACUGCCACCCUAGAAGAGAAAUACAACAGUAUUGUGCUGGUGUUGACGAAAUGGACCACCAACACCUUCUAUUUGAACCUGGUUUAUGAUAUCAAUAUCAUCCAAUGGGGAGGCACCGUCAAGCAGGCUGUCGACUGUCAGAGCUCGGUUAAUGCUCAAUGA